GUGUCGGUCCGGAGUCCUCGUCCGAACCGCGCAUGUUCUCCUCACCUGGGUGGUCACAUUGACCCUGUUCCUCCAGGACACAGGUGAGCCCCUCUUUCGGGGGGAGGGGGAGGGGGCUAAUGUCAAAUGGCAGCACUGUAGGCAGAGUGAAGGACUUCCUUCCAGAAGGGUGCAGGUUCAAGUCCCUGAUGGGCUGCUGCUGAAAUACUCUGUUUUGCUCCAGUAAAAGGCUGAUCUGGGGGUAGCUGGUGUCGCACAGGUUACGGUCCAUUCCCUUGCCAUCUGAGGGUCCCGGGUUCGAAUCCAGCCUCCUGCCGUAGUGCCUUUGAUCAACGCGCUUACCUUGAAUUGAUACAGUAAAAAUGACUCUGCUGUCCAAACGAGUAAAUCAGUGUAAGGUUUAUUAUCUAUAAUUGUAAGCUGCCUUGGUCUAAAGCGUCAACAAAGAAUCUGUUAAUAUAUAAGGUCGCGGGUUCGAAUCCCACCUCCACCCGGAGAACCUUGAGCAAGGCAGAUUUACGGAGGCAGGAGGAGAGGGGUGAGCUGGCGCGGCCCAUGUUGUUCCUCUUCCUCGUCCUCCUUUCCGUGCUCCUGUACUUCGUGGUGUCGCUCUCGGACCCUGGCUUCGUCCGCACCGACGCCGAGGUCGAGGUCACCAUGGGGUCCUGCGAGGAGCUCCAGGAGAUGAUCCCUCACCUCUCGGCGGCUCUGCGGCAGCGGCGCUGCGGUUACUGUCUGCUGCUGCAGCCAAUGAGAGCCAAGCACUGCCAGAGGUGUCGGCGCUGCGUCCGGAGGUACGACCACCACUGCCCCUGGAUGGAGAACUGCGUGGGCGAGAGGAACCACCGCUCCUUCGUGUUCUUCCUGGCCGUCCAGCUCGUGGUGCUGGUCUGGGGCCUGCAGGUGGCCUGGUCUGGAUUCAGUGCCACUGCCACCUGGGAGGCGUGGCUUCGUCAUAACGGCUUCCUAUUGGCUGCAUUCUGCGUGGUGGGCGUGUUCUCCGUGGUGGUGCUCCUGCUGCUGGGCUCGCACCUCUACCUGGUCUCCCUGAACAGCACCACCUGGGAGUUCAUGUCGCGCCAUCGCAUCUCCUACCUCAAGCAGUGUGGCGCCGACGAGAAUCCGUUUGACCGCGGGACCCUCCGCAACCUGCGCGCCUUCUUCUGUAGUGCACACGCCGUCGCCUGGGAGCGCCUGUACACCGCAGGGGGCACCGACCCCGUAUAGAUCCCUUCUGUUUAACCCUCACUUCCUGUCUGAGGACUCUGUGUUGGACUUCCACUUUCCCACAGUCCUUUGCUUGAUGGCAGUUAAGAUUAGUGCUCCACUGGGGGUCUGCACUUACAUACCCUGUGGGAUGUGGGUCUACAGAAGGGGGAGGAGUUUUCCUGAACAGGAGCAUAGAAUAAAUGGGACCAGUGUUACACUACACAGCUCUACACACUUUUUACUUGGUCCUUACUCCGGUAUUUGUGACUGCAUCGCAUUUAUUUUGUGUUGGUAAUGCGGACGGAGCUGAAGUGCCUGAAAUCACGUAAAGGGGGUGCUCGGUCCCGGGGGACACGGUACGCACGAGAGUAGAACAGUAAGAAAUUUCCAGCUGUAUAAAUUAUUGGUGAUUCUAGAGACAAUCAUGAACUAAAUUAAAAAAUGUUCUGUGCUCUUUCAUCCCCAGUCAAAUUACUGUCAUUAAUUUCUCAUGUCAAUCAGCUUUAUGCCCUGAAGUCUCUAGAAUUAUGUCCUUUUCAGACACAGCCAUUCAUCUGUGUCCACUCCAGAGGACGUGUAUUUUAAAUGCAUCUUCCACACUCUAUAUUCAGUUACAAGUCCUUAUGCACCCAUUAUAUACUUUUAAAAGAUUAAAUAUGGUUAAAAAUUCUGUUGUUAGAAACCCUAGAUACACGUUCAAAACCCUUUCUUAUUGGGUCACAGGAGGUUGUUGUCUAUUGGCGUCUAUGAAUGAUUUCUAGUACUUGAAUAAAUGUCAGGAUCAUUUUAUGGGUAAUUUUUUAUAUCACAUUGUUUCAGAGAUCACUUUUCAUAUCACAGGUUAUUCCAAACAUUGUACAUUUAUUCACCAUU